GAGCUCACGGCAACCCGCCCGCGAGGCCACAGCCCGCAACAGCCUCCCUUUGCGGCUUUGCCCCUCUCCGAAAACCCUUCCGCCCUCCGCCGUGGCGCCCGCCGCCGCCGGCCUCGCUCUCGUCCGCGUCCCACCUCCCACGCGUCCUCCGCGCGACCUCGAUUUGAGCGGCGGCCAGCCCAGAGAUCGUCGCCCCGCCCGGCGGGCGCCCCCCCCUCCUCGUGCUGAAAGGCGCGCGCGCGCUCCAACUCGUCGCCGCCUGCGAUGCAGAGGAUACUAUCGAGGGCUGCUCGCCGUUGCACCAACUCCUCGGCGGCAUUCAAAUCCCCACUCGCGCAGGCGAAUGUGGCAAGUGGAGUUCAUUCUGAAGACUCCCCAACUUGUUCUAAUGAAUAUGAUAAUUUUACAUGGAAGACUAGUUUGGUCAGAUCUGUGCAAGCAGACAUUGUCAAUGCUCUCCGUAGAGGUGAUCGGCAGCGGGCAUCAAUGAUUCUUUCGAACUUUCAAAACACUGAUUGGGCAUUGACUAAAGAUGAUUUUUCUUAUAUACUGGAGUAUUGCGCAGAAGCACCUGAUCCUUUGUUUGUUAUGGAAACUUUGGAACUCAUGGAGGAGAAGGCUAUUGGCAUGAGUAAGGGUAUCUACAGAUAUGUCAUUCGCGCCCUGAGCAGGGGAGGAUGCUCGAAGGAGGCACUUCACUGGCUGACUCUUCUAGGGGAGAAAGAAAGCACUCAUGCCACUUUGCCAUUUUUUAAUAUCUUUCUAAAUUCCUGUGGAAGUAGUGCAAAUCUGAAGGAUGCUGAAUGCUGUCUAGAGACAAUGCAAAAUUAUCUUCUGGGGAAGUCUGAAAUAACAUACUGUGAGCUUUUGAAGAUUGCAGUGUUACAGGGAAAUCUGCCUGCAGUUUAUGAUAUUUGGAAGGACUGCACUAGGUAUUAUAGCCCAAGCAUUAUUAUGCAAAGGAAAUUUUUGAGGGCUUUAACCACGUUUGGUGACCUCCAAUCUGCAUAUCACAUCUUGCAGCAUAUGGUAGCCACUGCUGCACAAAGCUCUGACCAUCUGAGGUUGUCUUGUAAAAGAAGAUACCAAUCAUCAAGAUUAGACAUUCCUGUACUUGCUUUGAGUGAAUCUGAAGAUCUCAAAUUGUUACCAGACUGUAAUCUGCAACCAUCUCAAGGGAAGCUGGCUACUGGCAAAAAUUCAGCUGAUGUUCAGCCUGAGUUAUUUGAGGAGAAAACUCAGUCAUUUGAUAUUGUUCAAUUGAAAGCUGAUGUAUUAUCUGAAGGCAAUGAUCUUGCUGAUAAGGUUGGACUAGAGAAUGGGAGUGUUCCAGAUACAUUGAGAUUUGUGGGAAGUGCAGUAAGGAGAAUUUUAAGAUGGUCGUUCAACGAUCUUAUGCAUGCAUGCGUACAAUUUAACAACUGUCAGUUAGCUGAGCAGUUAUUUCUAGAGAUGCAAAAGCUUCGAUUGCGGCCAUCAAAAUUUACGUAUGACGGGUUUGUCAAGACUCUGAUAGCUGGCAAAGGAGUUGCAUAUGCCAUGAAAGUGGUUGAAGUGAUGGAGAGAAGGGGCAUUAAACCUUACAAUGAUACACUUGCUGCUCUCUCAGAGGGUUAUAGCAAAAAUUUACAGUUGGAUUUGGCUGAGGAUUCUUUGGAAAGAAUUUCAGAGAUACGACCAAAGCAUAUACGUGCCGUUAAUGCUUUGCUUUCUGGAUGUGAGAUUAUGAAUGAACCAGAAAGAGCUGUGCGCAUAUUAGCUAAAAUGAAACAUGUGAACAUGAAGGCAACUCUCAGGACGUAUGAGCUUUUGUUUUCUCUGUUUGGCAAUAUCAAUGUUCCUUAUGAAGACGGAAAUGUGCUCUCUCAUGUUGAGGUUUCCAAAAGGAUAAGCAUCAUUGAGAUGGACAUGCUAAAUAAUGAAAUCCAACACAGUUUUGUGUCUAUGAAGAACUUAAUACGAGCUUUUGGAGCUGAGGGGAUGAUAGAGGAAAUGCUGAGGUACCUGAAUGUAGCUGAAAAUAUCUUAUGGAACAUAAAUCCUUAUCAGAAGAGCGAUCUCUACAGCGUUGUGUUGCAUGCUCUUGUUCAAGCCAAGGAAAGUCACAAAGCAAUAAGGAUUUUUAAAAUCAUGAGAUCAUGCAGCCUUCCAACCGAUAUUUCAAUUUAUACUACCAUGAUAGAGUGCUGCAAAUGGUUGCCAUGUUUCAAAUCAGCUAGUGCAUUGCUGUCUUUGAUGCUCCAAGAUGGCUUCCAUCCAACUGUCGUGACCUAUACAUCUCUCCUGAAGGUUGCAUUAGCAAAAGACGAUUUUGAGGGGGCUCUGGAUCUGCUUGAUAUAUGCAUAACUGAAGGAAUUGAGCCUGAUAUACAGAUGUUCAAUACAGUACUCUCACAUGCAUAUUAUAAAGGUCAAAUUCAUGUCAUUGAAUAUAUUGUGGAGUGUAUACAUCGAGCAAAAAUCCAACCUGAUCCAUCAACACUCUGGUACACAUUUUGCGUGUAUGAGGAACAUGAACUUUACAAUACUGCAAUUGAGGCAUUGCAAGUACUCAGCAUGAGAAUGAUAUCUGAGGAUGUCAGCAUCCGUAGCGAGAAAAUAACUGCUUUUGAAGAUCUAAUCCUCAGUGAAGAGCCAGAUGCUGAACUGAGAAUCAUAAGGGCAUUCGAAGCAGGUGAAGAGUUUCUUGCAACAGCUUUACUGAACCUGAGAUGGUGUGCGAUAAUGGGUGCCACCAUAUCUUGGUCACCAGAGGAGAGUCUUUGGGCAAGGAGGCUGGCAUCCUCGUACGAUGCUAACAGGAGACCACAUAUAAGCCCCUAGGAAGUCCCCCAAUCUUGGGGAAGGAAACCCUAUUUCCAAGUAUCAGGAUAAGGAAUCCACUUAACCACCCAUUCAGCAAACUAAUGGAGGCGGAACGGAGUCAUUGUCCCAAUCUAGUGAUAGGCAGAACCAAAUGAAUCUCUCUGCUAGGCAUGAUUACUAAGUCAUGUUUUCUUUUGCUGGAAAGCAUCCAGUAGGUGGACUUCCUUUUACCUAAACACCAUGAUUGGACCUGUCUGCUUGUUCAUCACCACCCAUCUUGAAGCUUGGUCAUGAAACAUGCAGUGGUUUAUCAAUUUGUUCUGCGAGGGGCUGGUCUGUUGGCCUGUUGCACCUUUUUGAGGCUUCUGGGUGAACAGCUUCUAGGCCAACAUUACUUGAUAGGUUGCUUACCUGUUAUUCAUCUAGCUCUAACCGCUGCUAAUUGUAUCAGGAGCAUUUUGCAGAAUUUGUUGGAACAUAUUUGAUGGUGACGAAGAUUGCAUCAUGUGGCAGUGACAGAUAAAUAAGAGGGGUUAUAACUCAACCGUAACUGGAAGCUGGGCUGUUGCACCUCAAAACAACUUGUUCUGGGUAUUUUGGAUGUUAUAACUUGGUCUGACAGAGGUAAAUUAGAGAAGGAUGGAGAGGCAUGAGGGUAUACUAAUAGACAUAUUAUCGCUUACUAGUUGGUCUUUGCUGUACAUUAUAUACUGGUGCUUCAGUAGUUGUCUUCUGACAGCCUUUUUGUUCACUUUCUAGGCUGUUCGAAUAGCAAUCCAACAUGACAUCACUUAUGAACCUUCGUUCCAUGAUUCCACGAAUAAUAUGUAUCAUGUCGAGUUCCUCGCCAAAAAAAAAAAUAUCAUGUCGA